UCUAUUUGUUUGGGUUGCGGUGUAAUUUUUGUGGCGCACACGCGUACAACAGUAACAUAAAUUGUGGUUGGAAUUAUACUUAGUGUUUUGAAUAAUGCAGAAUUAAAUUAUAUAAAAAUAGUGAUAAAAUUUUUAGGGUAAAUUGAAUUUAACAAAUUUACACAAUUGGAAUGUGUAUACAAAAAUUUUGAAACGAUGAAAUACAUGUGCCAUACAACCAAAUAUAUUUAUCUCGAACAUACUAACGUGUAAUAAUUAAAUAAAAUAAUAAUUCUCUAUGAGCUACAUAAUAUUAUCCUUUCAACUACAUUCAUUACAUUGAUAGCUACAGUAACGAUUUGCUAAAAGUGGUAAGCAUUAGUGUGUGUGCGCGAAAAAAGUCAAUCGUCACAUCCAGAGCGUGUUUUAAAAGGUAUUAGAAAUUAUUGAGCGAGUAGAACAGUGUUUAAUUGGAAACUGUAAUUAUUAAACAAAUUGAUGGAAUUUGAAAAUGCGCAAUUCAUUGAAGCUGCUGCUGCGGCGUCGGCAACAACAAGUAUUGCAAAAGAUAUACCUAUCGCUGAACAUAUACAAUCCGGUUCCGGCCGCUUAGCGUCCAAUGACAAUGACGCGACAACCACACAAUCGGCGUCCAACGUUACAUUGGAGAAUAAACAAAACCACCCAAAAAUGCAAAAACAGGCAAUGUCUGCUGAUGAGCGAAAUGCAACAAAACGAUCUCUAGUCAUAUUGGCAGCGAUCUUCAUAGCCAGCUUAUUCGCAAUGGCAUACGUGUACAUGAUAUUUCCCGAAUUGAAUGAAUCGGAGAAGCAGCACAUUAAGAUACCCCGUGACAUUCAAGACGCUAAAAUGUUAGCCAAGGUUUUGGAUCGUUACAAGGACAUGUACUACUUCGAAGUGAUGUUUGGCGUCGUUACGGCUUAUGUAUUCCUACAAACCUUUGCCAUUCCAGGAUCAUUAUUCCUAUCCAUACUGUUAGGAUUCCUCUACAAGUUUCCCAUCGCCCUCUUUCUCAUCUGCUUCUGUUCAUCGUUGGGCGCCACACUUUGCUACAGCCUCUCGAAUUUGGUUGGUCGUCGCUUGAUACGCCACUUCUGGCCGAAGAAGACAAACGAAUGGUCCAAACAUGUGGAGAAACAUCGCGAUAGCCUCUUCAACUAUAUGCUCUUCCUACGCAUGACACCUAUCUUGCCGAAUUGGUUCAUCAACCUGGCAUCGCCGGUAAUCGGUGUGCCUGUGUACACGUUCGCCUUGGGCACCUUCUUUGGCGUGGCACCGCCGUCUAUUGUCGCCAUACAAGCCGGCAAGACAUUACAAAAGAUGAGCAGCUCCAGCGACGCAUUCUCCUGGACAUCGAUGGGAUUGUUGUCGAUAUGCGCACUGAUCUCACUGCUGCCGGGAUUGCUAAAGAACAAGCUGAAAAAGAAGGUCGAAUAAAGUGGCGUCUGGACGCCAACUAUGGUAAACGGGGAUUGGUUUAGUAAACGGCGCGGUCAAUACGACUAACGGGAAUGGACAAUGCGUGAUUUUGUUUUAUUGGUUGUUUUGUCGAUUAGUUUAAGUGCGUGCGUUAAGCGUUAAAGAAAUGAUGUAAA